GGGUGGGGGGAGCUUGACCCCUUAGACUGCUGGCUCCAUUUGGAACAGUGGCCCACCAACGAGGGAUAACCUGGAACCAGGCCUCCAUGGUGGCCCUGCCCGGGAAGGGCUGUGACUUGACACAAUCUAACAGAGGACUCACCCCGGAGGUACUACCCACCAGCAGUCUUUGGGCAAGGCUGCUCUGCUCAUACCUGCACCCCUUCUGCUGCCUUCAUUGACUUGAAGGCCGCACAACAGGUGUGCCUGGAUCACAACAUCUGCCCUGUGUGGGUGCAUUUGAGCAGAGAGGAGGUGGGGAGCAGUGGUCCCCUGCAAGCCCUUAAUUUUUGGUCUCAUCUAUCAGUCACCUUUAAUUUCAAUCUCAGGAGACACUUCAGGUCAUCUUCAGGUGGUGGUGUGUGUUCUGGGGGAGGCAUCUAGACCUUUUUUUUUCCAAAGGGGAUCAAAGCUGGCUGUGGAGGGUCUUGACGGCAGUCUCUGCUAUCUGGCUCUUUGGGAAGGGAAUCUUGGCAAAGAUUGGGUUGCCUUCUUAGACACCGGUGGAUAUAAUUUAUACCUUUAUAUAAUCAUCUCACCUUUUGCCUGGAUGGCUACCUGAAGAUGAGCCUAUAUUUUUAUGGAAAAGAUCAAGGCUGGCUGGCUGGCAGAGUCGGUCGGCUCAACUGCUGGUUACAGAGGUGGUAAUCUCUUUGGCGCCAUCUAGUGUUCAAUGAUUCGACAGCAAGGAAACUGCUCACAGACAAGGAAUUCGUUAGAAUUUGGGCUUUGGCACAGCGGGCAGGCAGAGAAUUAAACACUUUUUUUCCCACUCUCUGGAGAUAAUGUUGAAGCAGCAGCUAUGGGGCUGGCAUCAAGAAAUACAGUAGCUGCUAAGGCUGUCUUGAAACACACAAGGGGCCGCUGUGGCCACAUGUGUUGAGAGAUGGUGACUGCCAGCAGAAUGCUCAGCUUAGAGCAGUGGCUACUGGGGAACCACACUAGGGUCAAGAGUGUCUGGAUACCAGGUGUGGUAUGAACUUCACCUUGAGACUUGGAAACUGCUCAAUGAGUGACAGGUUGGGAAGGGUGAGUUGGGUAACUGCUAUGGUUAAACCCCCACCUGCAACAAACCAGCAUGGGCCAAAAUGUGCCACAAGGAGAGGAGGAGGACCCAGGGCAGUUCUGGUGUUUACUUCUCUUCUCCUCACCCUAAGUCAACUAGUGGUGAGUUCCCAUUCUCUCUGACCUGCACACCCCCUUGGCUCAACUGCACUCCAUAUUUCUGAUUUGUUAGAAGUGGCCCAAGCAUCUAAUGAGCCUCCCUUCAAACAGAGUUGGGAGAGACAUCAAAGUUCAAAGUCACACAGAUGGAUAAUAAUAGUUAAGACUCUAGGUCAGCGGUUCUCAACCUUCCUGAUACUGUGACCCUUUAAUACAGUCCCUCAUGUUGUGGUGACCCCCAACCAUAGAAUUAUUGUUGCUACUUUAUAACUAAUUUUCCUACUGCUAUGAAAAUAUCUGAUGUGCAGGAUACCUGAUAUGUGACCCCUGUGAAAAGAUCAUUUGACCCUCGGAGGGGUUGUGACCCACAGGUUGAAAACCACUGCUCUGUAGUAUUUCUGAAUGCAUUAAGGAUGUGUUCUCACAGCUCAGAGACAAGUUAUCACUGUUACCUGUUGUUUGAAUGUGGGAAGGGGAGGGAGUUGGGAACGGAACCAAACCAGAACUUGUCUUUGGGGCCUUAUCCUUUUUUUUUUGUUUGUUUGUUUUUUGUUUUUUUGGAGACAGGGUUUCUCUGUGGCUUUGGAGCCUGCCCUGGAACUUGCUUUGUAAACUAGGCUGGCCUCGAACUCCCAGAGAUUCACCUGCCUCUGCUUCCUGAGUGCUGGGAUUAAAGGUGUGAGCCACCAAUGCCCGGCUUCACUUGUACUUUGUGUCAAGCUCAGUGCUGAGUUUUUGGGAAGCCAGCUUCUGGAAAUUGGGGCUUCCCCACCAAAGGCAGAAGGACCAAGGCCAUGGGCGGCUUGCUUCCUGCUGCCACAAGCAGUUGAGCUGGGAUGCUUCUUGCGGUUCACUCCAAGGGACAUGAUUUUCCAGGUUGCGGUGGCAGAGAAGAGAGACACAGCUUGGGGCGGGUCAUGCAGGGAUGCACAGCCCUUUGGAAAACGAAGAACUGGCAGGGUUCUGAGUUUGAGGAGCCACAGCCAGCCCACCACAUAGGCCCAGUUCCCAUGAAGGCUGUGACUGCUCAGACCUGGCCCAGCCUUGCCCAAGGGGGUGGGGCCCUAUCUGGGAGGGAAGUAUUUGUUGGGGAGUGUACUUAGUGGGGUGUGUGUGGGCUCUUUGUGCUGAGACGCUGCAUUCCUGCUGGCUUGGCUUCCUGUUUCUAGAUGCAUUCCUGUCCUAGUCGCCAGGGAGACUGCUUGGAAUCUGGGCCUCACAUUUUCCAAAUUCAGGGCGAGAUCAGGCAAAGGGUCUCCCUUCUUCCCUACAGUUUCACCUUGGAGGGGGAAGCCACCUGGCUUGGCAAGCUCUUCUUGAACCUGGAGAAAGCAGGACUGCCUGGCCCAGCAUCCUGUUUCCCUCGUUAUAUCUGAAGGCCGGGUAUGGGGGUGGGGCAGCCAGCAGCCCUGGGAACUCAGGCUGCAGGAAAAGGACUUGGCUGAAACAUCAAGGCCUGAAGAUGGCAGAAAACUGCAAUUCCGGCUCUCCUCUUGCAUGUUGGGUGCCUCAGUUUCCUGACUUUAUAGUACUGAACUUCCAUUGUUGGUGACUGUCUGAUGAAGGACCAGUGGAGAGCAGUUGAGGAUGGGGUCUAGGAAAGAGGCCGGCAGCCUUCUCUAGCCUCUCCUCCCAAGUACACCCUUGUCUGCCUCUAGGGGAUUUGAAGCCAGCUGUGAUUUUCCAGCCCUUAUUGGCUUCUGAGAAAGGCAGUGUCCAGAAGCCCCCAGCAUCAUCUGGUCACCUGGUGGUUGGCCAUCAGCUGCUGCCUGGGCUUUGGGGUUGGGGUGGAAUGGGACCAGGUCAAAGGUGAUGGCUGCUAGGGUCAGCCUCCAGGCAGCUGCAGGCUCACCUAUUGCCCACACCCUGCAGACCCAGUCCCCACACCCCUGCAACCUUGCAGUAGCACCCGGAUAAGACAGACUCUUGAGCUGGUUAAGAGCUCAUAAGUAGCUCUGAACUCAGAGCGCCUUGUAAUGAGUGCUCUGUAAAUUUUCCCAGGGCGCAGAACCCUUCCCCCUUUCUGACAGGCUGAGGGACCUGCCCUCAAGCCACACAGCUGGGAGGCCGGAUGCAGUACUAGUCAGCUUUCUUCCCCCCCGCCAGCACAGUGGGGUUCCGUUUCCUUCCGUGCUGUUGUCAAGUGCAGCUCCCGCGCUAGCAGCUUUCAAGCUGCAUCAGGAACGCAGCCGGCACGAGUGGGGGUGUUAUCCCGCGCAGCCCUCGAGUGGGGACGCGCUCCUCCAGGAGCACUGGAUUGGGGUCAUUCUGCAGCCAGGGGUGCGGACACGAUGGCGGGGGAAGGGAGUCCCUGGACUGAAGUUGUCCUGGUCAGCGCCCUCCACCUGCGUGCCGUGCCCCGCCCCGGCCCGCCCUCACGGGGCGUGUCCCGGAACCUCGCCCAACUGGGCGGGGACAUCAGGCUGAGCCGCUCGGCGAAACUAGGGAUUUGGGGACGCCCGGGAUCGCUUGGGUGUUGCAGCGGUUGCCACGUCUAGUCGGGGACGAACCAUGCUGAGCCGGCGCCGCGUCUUUGCGGUGGAACGACUUGGCAACCGGGGGGACGGGCUGGCAUCCUUUUCCCGCCAAAGCAGCCCUAACUUCUGCCGGAUUCCAGGAGAUCACCCAGACCACAGUGCGGCCAGGUAUAAAGAUGCUGAUAAAUAGGUGGCAGCCAGAAGAAUGUGGAGGCUCAUGUCUAUAAUCCUAGCACUUGGGGGGCCGAGGCAGGAGGAGGUUUUACGGCGGUUCGAGCUACAGAGUAAAACACUGUUUCAAAAACAAAACAAAAGUCGGCUUCCUUGUUUUCACUUAUUUGUAUCUUAAAAGUUUUUUUUUCUUAAAGAAUUUGGACUUUUGUGUGUUUUACCUGCGUGGAAUGGCCAGGGGGAUCAGAAGAGGGAACCAGAUCCCUUGGAACUGGAGUUGUGAAGGUCCAUGUGGAUGCUGGGAAUCCAGCACCCGUCUUCGGAAAAGCAAUGCCUUAAAAUACUGAAGCAACGAUCCAACCCUGUUUUUUCCUUUCUGUCACACGACCCUCCUUUCUAAAAAGACACAAGUCCCAAGUGAUUAUAGUUGCUGUCAUUGUUGUUUUUGUUGUACAGUGUGGAGCCCAGUGCCUUGUGCAUGCUUUGAAAGCUGUCAGUGUGUCACAUCCUAGCCCUAGCUGCCGUCAUUUUUAUCAUUGUCCCCAUAAACUCCAGGAGACAACUCAUCCUGCUUCCUGAUGGGUUAAGCUCCAGAUGGCACUGUCUGGCCCCCACCUUCACCUUGCUCUUUCUUCCUCUCAUAUCCAAGACAUUUCAGGUAGAUCCUAAUUAAGGACCUAUUAAGUCAUCUGCAUUGCUGAUUGUCACAGCUUGCAAGAACUUUGCCUCCCAGAUGCCCAAAGUGUUGGUUCCUGUCUGUUGACAACUCUUGUUGUAAGAACCCCACUCUUCCAAGCAGGGGUAGAGCCUUUUCCCAAUGGGACUGUGGAUGGUUUGUGUCCUUGCUCACCACUGGUACAGGACACACCUCAAGUCCUCAGAAAAAUACUGCCAACUUCUAGGAAUGCUGGGGGUGAUGAGGGCAGCUUGCCCAGCUUAAUACCGACUCUCCCUACAGAUGGAGCCUUUGAAGACCUGGCACAAGGUUGUGUGGUGCCAGGAGUCAUCUGCACCUACAGACGGAUACCAGAUAAAACCCACGGAUGCUCACCGGACUUUGGGGAGGGACAGAUGCCACUUCUGAAAUUGGCUUCCCAGGACUCGGGCAUGGAGAUGGUGGUUGGGGAUAGCCCUUUGGCUACCUUAUCAGGACUUUCUCAAGAUUCUCUGAACCUUGAGCCCAUGGGGAGCCCUGAGCUGCCUUCUGCCCAGCUAGACAGGCUGCUGGCCCGAAGGAAGCUGGACCAGGUGCUGGAGAGGUCUCUAGAGUUUCCCAGCCUGUCUGGACAGCGGCGCCCCAUGCAGCUGCUGAGCAAGCCUGUAGGUGGCGUUCCCAUCUUUGCAGGGGAACUGGAGUCCACUGAGGCAGACACUGAGCUCGAGGCUGGGCUUGAAGAGGCAAAGGUGGUGGGUGAUAUGGAGUCUGGAGCAUUGACCUGCCUUCCAGGGCAGGGUUUACGUUACCUGGAACACCUGUGCCUUGUGCUGGAGCAGAUGGCAAGGCUCCAGCAGCUGUACCUGCAGUUGCAGACCCAGAGACCAUCUAGGGAUCCCGAGGAGGAAGAAUUGGCUCUGGCUCUGUCAUCAUCUUCACAUACCCCGGACAAUAGGGUGCAAGGGCACAGAGAGCAGCCAAAUCGGACAAGGGACCCAGGUGAUGUGGUUCUCUUUCUGAAGGUGCAGAGGCAGCUUCACUCCCAGAGGUGGGGGUGCCAGAGGCCUUGCUGGACUCAACCCACACCCUUCCAUGCUCGCAGGGACACAAGCAGGAUCUCUCCCACUGGGACAAGGUCAAGGUGCUGCUCAACCGCAUCCGUUGGAGGAGCCCUCGACUCCCUGAGCCUCCUGCUCCUCCUGAUGGUUCUGGACCCAGGAUGGAGUUCAGGAACCUGUCUGAAAGGAUUCAAUGCCACUCCCACCGGAAGACCUUUAUACCAACACUGGUGGUUAAGAAACCACGAGCAAAAAACCUUUCUGUAUGACCUGUUGGCAUGCCUGGUGACUUUGGGUGGAAGGGAUUUGCCAUGAAGCCCCAUCACCUUUUGGCUUACUGCUGUGUCUCUGCACUGCCAGGAAAAGCUAUCUGUGCUCACUCCACUUCAAGGUGAGGGCCAAGCCCUUCUCUAAGCAGCAUGGGCAAGGAGCCCUGGUUCCCUGAGAGACCCUCAAGUGCAGUUCCGGUCAGCUUCCAGGGUUCUUCCUCCUUGUCAGAAAUCUCUGGGCUCAGGCAGUGUGAAUGGACUCAUUUAUAAGGUGCUCACAGAACAUGCUUAGUAAGGUAAUGUGCCAGCGUGUUGCAGGUGUGUGUUCAUGCAAUCUUUGUUGGACUACUGACUGCCUGGAUUCAGUCAUCUGAUGGAAUCAUGCAUCCAAAGGGUUGGUGCUUUGUAACUGUGGAAGGAUGGCACUGAUCUCCAUUCCAGUAUGGAUUUCUAAUUUCUUCCUCACACCCGAGACGGCAGCCCUGGGACAGAGAACGACACUGCCUUGGGGACUCAGCCUCUGAAAACUGAGUGGGCAAUGUGGGAGAAGAUAAAGCACAAUGUAGAGAAUAGCAAAUAACUUUCAAGGUCAAUUCUAAGUUGCUGUGUUCUCUCCUGGAAUCUAGACCAUGGCAACGUCUCUCAAUUUGUGAGCCAUAGCUUCCUACUGGGGAUGAUGCCUGCCUUACCUACCUCAUGAGCUUGUUAGGAGGAUAAAGUGACAUUAAACUCUC